AUGGAUAGCCCUCUAGGAGGAUGGGUAAUCUUUGGCGUCAUGGCAUUGAUUGCCGCGUUCGGGGCGCUCCGUUUGUGGUGGCAGGAGCGUCGUGGGUCUCAAGAGAAGGCAUCGUUUUUCAAGCAAGCAGAGGAUGUCCUCUCGUUCCCGGAGCCAACAGAAGCAAUCAAUGAGUACGAAGUCGCGCGAGAAAACGCGUUCGAUGAACUGGUGAAGGAAGGGAAAGUCGACAAGGACGCAGAAGACCUUCCAGAGGGGGAACUUCCCGAAACAAGCUGGCUGCGCCAGAUUUCGCAGGACCACAAGAAGAAGCUGAAACUCUCCCUUCUACGCAGAGCGCUCGCAAACGUCCCUCGAUGGAUUGGCUUAUCGCAGGAAGUGAAUGCGAAGUUUCGACUGUAUCGACAUGGCCUGCUGAGUGAAGAAACGUGGCAGAGUUUCUCUCGAGCGCAGGAGGCGCUGCAGGCUGAGUUGGAUUACUUGCGGCUAGAGGCCGAGUGUUUGGAGCCACAGUGGGGAGACCGGAUUCUCAAAGACGCCAUGCUGCUCUUCCGCCUUCAGCAGGCCAAAGAGGCUCAACAAAAAGAACAGGAGCAGGAAGCGAAGAAGCGUGCAGCUAUGCAGAAGCAAGAGUGCAUAUUGCAGCAGCAAAAGAAGGACGCGAUGGAACGCAAGGCUGAGAAACAAGCAGACUCUCUCCUCAAAGAAGAGGCGGGGAAACAGAAGAAGAAAGCACCGCGAUAG